ACUCUCUCUUGUACAAUGGCACCUGCGUCGAUUUGUUUGUGUUGAAUACGUGACAAAUUAUUUAUUGUGCUAAACAAGAACCUGAUUGUAAAUCCAGCUGGUUAAAGCUCCUCACGAUGGGAGUACCAGCCUUCUUCCGCUGGCUCAGCCGCAAAUACCCCAGCGUAAUCGUCGAAUGUAUUGAACAGAGGCCAACCGACGUAGAUGGCGAGUUGAUACACGCAGACUCUUCAUUACCAAAUCCAAAUGGGGUGGAGUUUGAUAAUUUGUACCUGGACAUGAAUGGGAUCAUCCACCCGUGUACCCACCCUGAAGACAAGCCACCGCCGAAGGAUGAGGACGAGAUGAUGGUAGCUAUCUUCGAGUGCAUCGACAGGCUGUUCCGCAUCGUGCGCCCAAGGAAACUGCUGUACAUGGCUAUUGAUGGAGUUGCUCCUCGUGCAAAGAUGAACCAGCAGCGCUCCCGUCGUUUCCGAGCCUCCAAGGAAACCCAGGAGAAGAUUGAGGAAGUGGCUCGUAUUCGCUCGGAACUGCAGGCUAAGGGAGCGUACUUGCCCCCAGAGAGGCCCAAAGAGGCCCACUUUGACUCCAACUGUAUUACUCCUGGCACUCCCUUCAUGGACAGACUUAGCAAGUGCUUGCAUUACUAUAUUCAUGACAGGUUGAACAGUGACCCUGGGUGGCGUGGCAUCAAGGUGAUCCUGUCAGAUGCCAAUGUGCCCGGAGAGGGAGAACACAAGAUCAUGGACUACAUUCGCAGGCAGAGAGCGCAACCGGACCACGACCCUAACACGCAGCACGUGUUGUGCGGCGCCGACGCAGAUCUGAUCAUGUUAGGGCUGGCGACCCACGAGCCCAACUUCACCAUUAUCCGCGAGGAGUUCAAACCCAACAAGCCGCGCCCCUGCGACGUCUGUGGACAACUGGGGCACGAGAUGAAGGAAUGCACCGGCUCAACACCGGACGCGUCGUUGGUGCGGUCAGACCCGGCCUUCGGGAACCAGGACAACUUCAUCUUCGUCCGUCUCUCGGUCCUCAGAGAGUACUUAGAAAAGGAACUCCAGAUGCCCAACUUGCCGUUCCCGUACGACUUCGAACGCGCGUUGGAUGACUGGGUGUUCAUGUGUUUCUUCGUCGGGAAUGACUUCCUGCCGCAUCUACCUAGUUUGGAGAUCAGGGAGGGAGCUGUUGAUAGGCUGGUCAACUUGUACAAGAAGUGCGUGUAUAAGACACGGGGUUGGAUAACAGACUCAGGCGACGUGAACCUGGACCGCGUGCAGGUGAUAAUGGACGAGCUGGGCCACGUGGAGGACGAGAUAUUCCGCCGCCGGCACCAGAACGAGCUCAACUUCAAGGCGAGAGACAAAGCCAAGAAGAAGCAGCAGGCGGUCAACUUCGCGCUGCUCGAGAAGACUUCCUUCGCGCCCACGGCAAUCGGGAGCACGAACACUGUGAAGAAUGCGCGUCAGGAGGCUGCCAACAUACGCAUAGCCGGGAUGCAGGCUGUAGCCGCGCAAGAAGAGACAGACAAACGCAACCGCAAGCGGUCGGCCGCGGCGGCGGGCCUGGACGAUGAUGAUGAUGAUGAUGACAAGCAUGAUGAGGUGCGCCUCUGGGAGGCGGGAUUCAAGGAGCGCUACUACGAGAGCAAGUUUGAAGUGGCUCGCGACAAUAUGGAAUUCAGGUACCGCGUGGCGCUCCAGUACGUGCGCGGGCUGUGCUGGGUGCUCCGCUACUACUACCAGGGCUGCGCCAGUUGGAAGUGGUACUUCCCGUACCACUACGCCCCCUUCGCCUCGGACUUCGUCAACAUAUGCGGCCUCUCCACCAAGUUUGAGAAGGGAACGCAGCCGUUCCGCCCCCUGGAGCAGCUGAUGGGGGUGUUCCCGGCGGCCAGCUCACAGCACGUGCCCAAACCCUGGGCGACGCUCAUGAGCGACCCGUUCUCGCCCAUAAUCGACUUCUACCCGACGGACUUCAAGAUCGACUUGAACGGCAAGAAGUUCGCGUGGCAGGGCGUCGCGCUGCUGCCCUUCGUGGACGAGAACCGACUCUUUAAGGCGCUGGAGCCUUAUUACAAAGAGCUCACUCAGGCUGAGAUCCAGCGCAACAUCCGCGGCCACGACCGGCUGUACGUGUCGACGGGCAACUCGAGCUACUCGUUCGUGCUGGGGCUGUACGAGGCGGCGGGCGGCGAGGCGCGGCGGCUGGUGCAGCAGCAGCAGGCAUACCCCUUCCGCGCCGACGGCGUGCGCGGCGACGUGCUGCUCAGCGCCGACUGCGUGUGCCAGGGCGGGCAACUUUCGUCCCCGGUGAUCGGCCUGGCCCCAGUCCUGGGCAACCGCGUGGUGUGCGUCCGGUUCACGGACCCGCAGUACCCGGAUGACUUCAUCUUCCCGGCGCGGCGGCUCAAGAGCGCCGUGCAGCCGCCGCGGGUGCUCAAACCCGGGGACCUCUCCCACCAGGAGAACAGGAACUGGAGGCCGCAGAUUGGUAUGGUGCGGUCGAACACGGUGGCAUCGCUCGAGGCCGCUGGACACCGCAUGCUGGGACACUCACUGCCGCGGGACCGCUCGUAUGGUAACGUGCCUCCGCCCCAGCACCAUGGACAGCAUAAUCGCUCCCACUCCUCUGGGCCUCAUCGAAGCGGGUACGUACCGUUCCAACAACAAUCAGGUUACCAGGGUCACAACCAGGGUCACAACCAAGGUCACAACCAGGGUUACAGCCAGAACCAACAGUCUCACCACCAGAACCGCUCCGGCUACAACCAGAGCGGCUCCGACAGGUUCGGAAACCAGGGGUACAACCAGAACAGAUUCGGCAACCAAGGUUACAACCAAAACCGACAAGGAUACAACAGCAACUCUCAAAGUUACAGCAGUCAGCAAGGCUACAGUCAAGGCCAGAACAACAGAGGUUAUAACCAGAAUCAGGGUUACAACAACCAAGGCCAGAGUUCUCAGGGUUACAAUUCAAAUCCACAGAACAGAUCGCAGCAGGGAAGGCAGAGCCACCAAAGGGGGUCAUCUUGGCGUUGAUGGAACAAAGAAAGAGAAAGAUGAUUUGUUCUUAUUGUAUAUAGGAAGUUAGUACUUAGGCGGUACUGAGUGUGUGACGCACGGGAUUUAGAAGUAAAGAAAAAAAAAUAGGAAGUGACAAAAUGUUUUGCUAUUAUAUAAUUUUUAGGCGGUAUUUAAAACUGAUUAUAACCAACUAUGCCGCUGGAAUGAAGUAAAAUUACUUCUACUAAAUGUUUAUUAAGCUAUGCAAUACGGUUUCUAUCUGAUUAAAAAAAACUGUUUUUAAAAUCCACGUUCAAGAAACUAAUGCAUUUUACAAAAUAAUAAUAAUACAGAUAUGCAAAUAUUUCAGCCUACCCUUACCAGAAUAUAGGCGUGUUAUUUAUGAUUGCAAUAGACGGGAAAUGAUUCGAAAACUAAGAUUCGCAUCUUUUUUGAGGGACUUUCCAAUCGACGUUCCCCAAACACACGAUAGAUGGCGUUGUUCACUUUUAACGUGAUAAUUUAUAUCACACCACUAGAUAAUAAGGGAAGGAAGGGACGUUUCAAAAAAUCAAUAUAGAUGGAGCUGUAUAGUUUUUUUAUUUAUUUAUUCAUUUGUACAAAAUAAAACAGACUCAAGGAACAUACAAAGAAAACAGAUAGUACAGGUAAGCUUAGCUUUUUUUCAGGUUAGCUUGGUUUACCUUUUUUCUUCGUUUAACCUUCUAAUUUCAUGGAUAACAGACGUUUGCAUCUUUCAUCUUUGUUUAAGGGUGAUGAUGACCCUUUUUAUUAUAUGCGGGCACAAUUACAUCUUCCACCCAUUGUUAUUCUGAUCAAAAUAAAGAAAAACAAUAUAGCAACAAUCAUCGUCUUGCAACUAAUAUUCUAUUUUUACUUAUAUGUAUCAUUGUAUGUACAUAUUUAUAGUAAUGUAUAUAUAUAUUUAUAUAUAUUUUAUUUAUUUAUUUAUGUUUUUUCUCUUAUUCUAUUUUACUUUUUUGCGCGCUACACUGCAGCUGUACAAGUGUACUAUAUCCUCUGCCGAAGGUUGUCUGGAAGAGAUCGCUCUUAGCGAUAAGGCCGCCUUUGCCCACCUUAGAAUAAGUUUACCCUGUAAAUGUCUUGUGAAUUUGUGCGCAAUAAAGUGUAUUAUUAUUAUUAUAUAGGUAGCAACAUAGAUCUAUACAUAAUAUCCGAUUAAUGAGAAAAUAGGUGAUUAUCACGUUUGAACAACGCCAUCUAUAUUGUUUUUGGUGAAUGUAGCCUGGAUAGUCGCUCAUUGAUUUUAAAUGUACUUUACUUUGGCAGAGUUGCCAAUAAUCGACUAUUCAAACAUGAUUUGAUGAUUUGAAAUUUUAUUAUAAUAAGUGAAAAGAAAAUAAAUGUAAUUUCCAUUGAA